GGACCGAGGCCGCAUCUCCCUCCCUCCCUCCCUCUACUCCUCUUCUCCAGACCAGGGGUCUCGCCGCUUUCUCCUCCAUCUCUCCCCCUCCCUCCUCUUUGCUUUGCUGCUUCGACCUCGCCCAGCAGCCAUGCCAGCGGACGGCUCCAAGGGCGACAUCUCCUUCGCCGGCCGCUUCACCGCCAGCGCCAUCUCAGCAUGCUUCGCCGAGAUAUGCACCAUCCCCCUCGACACGGCCAAGGUCCGCCUCCAGCUGCAGAAGACCGUCGUUGGGGACGCAACAGCACCGGCGGCGCUCCCCAAGUACCGCGGCCUGCUGGGCACCGCCGCCACUAUAGCCAGGGAGGAAGGGGCCGCCGCGCUCUGGAAGGGAAUCGUACCGGGCCUCCACCGACAGUGCAUCUACGGAGGACUACGCAUUGGCCUCUACGAGCCCGUCAAGUCCUUCUACGUCGGCCAAGACCAUGUUGGGGAUGUGCCCCUCUCCAAGAAGAUUGCCGCCGGCUUCACCACUGGUGCCAUCGCUAUCGCCGUUGCCAACCCCACUGACCUUGUCAAGGUCAGGCUCCAGGCUGAGGGCAAGCUUGCGCCCGGUGCGCCACGCCGCUAUGCUGGCGCCAUGGAUGCUUAUGCAAAGAUUGCUAGGCAGGAAGGCUUUACCGCUCUCUGGACCGGCCUAGGACCAAAUGUAGCACGCAACGCUAUCAUCAACGCUGCUGAGUUGGCAAGUUAUGAUCAAGUCAAGCAGACGAUUUUGAAACUCCCUGGAUUCAAAGAUGAUGCGGUCACCCACCUCCUUUCUGGUCUCGGUGCUGGCUUCUUCGCUGUUUGUAUUGGUUCUCCGGUUGAUGUGGUUAAAUCAAGAAUGAUGGGUGACUCAGCCUACAAAAGCACCAUUGAUUGUUUUGUGAAGACGCUAAAGAAUGAUGGACCUUUGGCAUUUUACAAAGGCUUCCUCCCAAACUUUGCUAGAUUGGGAUCAUGGAAUGUGAUUAUGUUCUUGACGUUGGAGCAGGUUCAAAAGUUUUUUGUGAGGAAACCGGCAAGCUGAAGAUGGAGAAGCUUUUGCUGUCGGGUGGCGUUCAAUGGUGCGCGCAUUUUUUUCUUCUACCAAAAAAAAAAUUUGAUGACACCUUCCCCUUGAGGAUUGGGGAAUGAGGAGAAAUCUGACACCUCAAUUGCAAGAAGAAAUAACAGGGGGCAUUUGCAUGAUACCCAAACAAAUAAAUUCAGAAAUAGCAAACAGAUGUCAUAGCGUGUUCCUUCAAACAAUGUGUGGUGGGUGAAUGAAGGAACUUAAACACUGCAGUAGUUCAGUGAUGAGCAUCUGUAGAAUGUCUAAUGUUUUCUGUCGCCUCUGCGGCGAUGUUUUUACUUUUACUGAAAUGGCUGCUGGGCAUAACGCUUGAUUCUGUUGAGGAUGAAA